UGCAUCUAAGAUGGAGAAAAUCCAGCACAGCUACGUGAACGUGAAGGGACUGAAGCUCCAUGUAGCUGAGAUUGGAAGUGGUCAGAAGGCUGUGGUUUUCUUACAUGGAUUUCCUGAAAUAUGGUAUACAUGGAGGCACCAGAUGAUUGCUGUGGCAAAUGCUGGCUACAGGGCUAUUGCCUUUGAUUUUAGAGGCUAUGGACUUUCUGAGCAUCCAGCGGAGAUUGAAAAAGCAAAGUUAUAUGACCUUGUUGAUGAAAUUGUGGGUCUUUUGGAUUCAUUAGGCAUCAGCAAGGCUUUCCUUGUUGGUAAGGACUUUGGUGCCCUCCCAGCAUAUCUUGUAGCUGCUGUCCAUCCAGAAAAAGUAGUUUCUGUCGUAACUUUAGGCAUUCCUUUCAUGCUUCCGGGUCCCUCUGCUGUCCAAAACCACCUUCUCCCAAAAGGCUUCUACAUUACUAGGUUUCAGGAGCCUGGGAGGGCAGAAGCAGAUUUUGACCGCUUUGAUGUUAAGUCAGUUAUAAGGAACAUCUACAUUCUCUUUUCUGGAAGUGAGAUACCAGUAGCAGGUGAUAAUCAGGAAAUCAUGGACUUGUUUAACCCAACUACUCCUCUGCCACCAUGGUUCUCUGAGGAAGACCUUGCAACCUAUGCAUCACUAUAUGAAAAAUCUGGAUUCAGAUUUGCAUUGCAGGUUCCAUACAGGACUCUCAAAGAUGAUGUUGGCAUAAGUGAUCCUAAAGUCACUAUUCCAGCACUGCUGAUCAUGGGUGAGAAAGAUUAUGUAUUCAAGUUUCCUGGCAUGGAGGACUACAUCCGAAGUGGGAUGGUGAAACAUUUUGUGCCAGACUUGGAAAUCAUACAUAUUCCAGAAGGAAGCCAUUUUGUGCAUGAACAAUUUCCAGAUAAGGUGAACCAGCUUAUCAUUGAGUUCCUUGACAAACAAAGUAUCUGAUUGUCUGUUGUGAGGCUGAAUAUGAUGCUUGACAAGCGAUUCUCUUGUGCUGGUGUGAUCUCUGAGCUCCUUUCUAUUUCAAUAAGUAACUUACAUAAGAACUUAUUCGAGUACAAGAUUAUUCUACAGUGAUGAACAGUCUAAAA